GGCUCUCAGCCCAACUCAUAAGCACUAGGCCAUCGGGGCUCCUUCUGGCAGUCGAUAGCCAGGUUUUACUCUCAGGAGCCUCUGGGUAGGGGGUCCCAGUCCAGCAUGUAACCCUUUGAACCAACAGCUCCUGCCUCCCUCUGUCUGCCCCGUGGAGCCUGCCCAGCCCAGCCUGACCAAUGUCCACAGCCAGGGAGCAGCCCAUCUUCAGCACUCGUGCCCACGUGUUCCAGAUCGACCCGGCCACCAAGCGGAACUGGAUCCCAGCGGGCAAGCAUGCCCUCACCGUCUCCUACUUCUACGAUGCCACCCGCAAUGUCUACCGCAUCAUCAGCAUCGGAGGUGCCAAGGCCAUCAUCAACAGCACCGUCACUCCCAACAUGACCUUCACCAAAACCUCCCAGAAGUUUGGGCAGUGGGCAGACAGUCGUGCCAACACCGUCUACGGCCUGGGCUUUGCCUCUGAGCAGCAUCUGACCCAGUUUGCAGAGAAGUUCCAGGAGGUGAAGGAAGCAGCUAGACUUGCCCGAGAGAAGUCUCAGGAUGGCGGGGAGCUCACCAGCCCAGCCCUGGGGCUUGCCUCCCACCAGGUGCCGCCGAGCCCCCUCGUUAGUGCCAACGGCCCCCCCAGCGACGAGAAACUGUUCCGCAGCCAGAGCGCGGACGCCCCGGGGCCCGCGGAGCGCGAGCGGCUCAAGAAGAUGCUGUCGGAGGGCUCGGUGGGCGAGGUGCAGUGGGAGGCCGAGUUCUUCGCGCUGCAGGACAGCAACAACAAGUUGGCGGGCGCCCUGCGGGAGGCCAACGCAGCGGCCGCGCAGUGGAGGCAGCAGCUGGAGGCCCAGCGGGUGGAGGCUGAGCGGCUGCGGCAGCGGGUGGCCGAGCUAGAGAGCCAGGCAACAUCGGAGCCUCCUGAGGCUGGCGAGAAGGAACGGCGCCAGUCCCUGGAGCAGCUGGAGGCAUUGGUACAAACCAGGGACCAGGAGAUCCAGACACUCAAGAGCCAGACAGGGGGAUCCCGGGAGACCCCGGACAUAGGGGAGCGUGAAGAGACCCAGCAGAAGGUGCAGGACCUGGAGAGCCGGAAUUCUGAGCUGGAACACCAGCUUCGAGUGUCGGAGCACAGCCUGGAGGAGGCCCGGGCAGAGCGGGAGCGGGCCAGGGCUGAGGUGGCGCGGGCCACGCAGCUGCUAGACGUCAAGCUGUUUGAGCUGAGCGAGCUGCGGGAGGGCCUGGCUCGCCUGGCGGAGGGCACAUCCUGAGCUGGCUGCUGGGGGCCAGCGGGGCUGGUUCUGAAUGGAGAGAUGCCCAGGGUGUGGUCUGGCAGAGUCAGGGCCCGACUGCCUUGGCAGGAACUAGGGCAGGGUCCCAGUUUGGCCCUUACUGCUCCCACCAGGGUGUCUCUGAGCUUCUCGUGUAGUUUCUAGAAUCCUGGGGUGCACAUCGGCACUCUGAUUACAUUUCCAAGUGUGGA